AUUUUGAGAGAAGGAAUCUCGAUUGUGGCGGCGACCUUUAAAUGUCAGCCCUACUGCCCCUUCCACGCCGCUCAGGUUUCUGCGCAGAAUUUCCCACCGCCGCCCAGGGAAGGGCCCUCGGCGAUGUCAGCAUCAACCAGGCAACUCAAUAAGUAAAGAAACAAAAUUUCGAUCUUCCAUGGCAGACAGUGCCCUUUCAAAGCCCACCUCAUCGUCGGUGGCCCCGGUCUCGGCGCCACAGGUACUGAGCUUUGCGCUCAAUGACCGGCCAAAGGCAAACAGGAGACAAGCUCCGAAGUCUCGGGCAGGCUGUAUCACAUGCAAAAAACGACGCGUCCGCUGCGACGAGGGGAAGCCAACUUGUCUAAAUUGCAGUAAAUCAAAGCGAGCUUGUGAAGGAUACACACCAAAGACAAAGGGAAACGAGUAUAGACUACAAGAAUACCGCCCACUCCUAAUUCGGCCCAACUACGAAACGUACAUGUUUACUGCACAACUCGAGAAAGACCAGUUUGAGUAUUGGAUGACGUUCAGCAAACAGUUCACUCUGUUUCCGUCGGAUCUCAUCACGCAGCUCAUGCCGCAAAUUGCCCGUGAAGAGCCGGCCAUCAGACACGCGGCUUUUGCCAUCGGCGCAGCCACUUUAGGCAGCGAUAGUCGCCGUCAACGCACCGAUGGCUCAGGCCUUUUCCUGAAGGAUGCUUUGCAACAUUACGGAAAAGCCAUUCACAUCAUCCGAUCCAGCGCAGCGUCAAAGAGAAGCAUCCCUCGCGCCCUACUCUCCUGUAUUCUCUUCGUGACGUUCGAAGCCAUACAGGGCAAUCAUCUAGCUGCGCUUACCCACAUUAACUAUGGGUGCAGUAUGCUUGACCAAGUCAUGAAGCAGGGUGUGAGUGGAGAAUGCCCUCCCAAGCUGAUUGACGAGGUUAUCUCGGGAUUUCAGCGCUUCACCUCAUCGUCAUGGACGAUGAAUGGAUAUCAUCCGACCGAGACUGAAACUUGGGUCCCUUGGUGCUGCCGCGGCAGAAGGAGUCGCUAUGCAGUCGACGAGCUUCCAAGGAGCUUUGCAACGCUUCCAGAGGCCCACCGGUGGUGGGAGGCUAUCCAACACUUCAUCAUAUAUCAAACACAGAUGCAUUCGGCAUUACAUUUCGAGGACUUAAGGACUCCUACGAAUCUUACUAAGAUUCCUAAACAUCAGGUCAAGAGAUACAUGGGAAUUCUUGACCAGUGGCACAUCCGGUUUCAGGCGUUAUUAUCACCGUCAAAAUCCCCGUUUGAAAAAGCGCCUGAUGAGCGACGACGACUGCAAGUAUUGAACCUUCAGCUGUUGCAUAAGUCACUCGUAAUUUCUGUAAAGAGCUCUCAAUACACGAACACAAACGUGUUAGUCAACUCGACAGAGGAAUUCCGUAAGAUUCUCGCUUUGAGUAGGAUGGUCCUCGAGGGACAGUCCAACAUGGACCAAACCCGAGAGGUCUUCACCAUGGAGACCAGUCCGAGCUGGGCCAUUCUUUCCGCGAGCAUCUAUUGCGUGGAUGCAGACGUUAGAACGGAUGCGCACCAUUUGCUACGAGACUUUCCUCGCCGGGAUGGUAUUUGGGACACAAGAUUAUUCGCUGCGAUAUCAAAGACGAGCCAAGACCUGCGCGCAGAGAACGAUUGGAGCGUCGACGAGCAUUUUGGUGCGGUUCUUCUCAACAAAGAGGUUGUUAUAUACAAGGAUGAGGUGUGUAGGAGAAAGUAUGAGCUAGCAGACGGCCAGUGGCGGAUCAUAGAAGAGCAACGGAUACCAGUGUCUCCUCGGUGAUUCCUUGUACUUAUUGAUAGAUCUCGGCGAGCAACUGACGCUAGACGCACUUGAAAUCCGACACUAUCUGGUAGAGAAGUCAUGAACAAAAUGUCUGGCAAC